GAAUUGCUUGCGAGUCUUGCGCGCAUCUUCCUUGUUCCUGACGUACAGGUUGCCUCCCACAAGUACAUCCUACUCGCUACUCCAUAAUCUCGGAUCCCAAUACGUGCAUCGCCCGUUCUGGUUCCAGUUCCGGUUCCUGUCCCUGUUCUUAGUUCCAAGCAUGAACCUCGACAAUCCAGAUAUCGAUUAUGCCGAAGAGCCUGAUUCACUAGCCCGAGGCCCACCACAUCCGCAGCAGUAUCUCACCGCCGAUCCAAGGCCGCCGUCGAACCGAUCCGGAGGCACGUUUGGCCACCCGGAAGAACGCCGCGUCGGCAGUAGUGCUCUUAACUCGGACUUAUCGUUCACGUCCAGACCUGUUUCUUCAGCUGCCGCUGCUGCUGCUCAACCGACGCCGUCAGUUUCACAUCCACCGCCGACUACUCCUCCGUCCGAAUUCGUCCGGGCAUCUUCCGAUAACAAGAACACAAGCGAACAACAAGAAGAUAGCGGAGCCACCGACCGCCGCCGCGGCCACGGGACCGGAACCCCAACCACUUUCGGAGGAAUAAGCCAAGACCACCAAGCUCAUGCCGGUCCCAUUGUCAUCCAAGGACCUCCGCGCGUCAUGCCAGACUUACCACCACUGCCGCCUCCAACCUUUCGACUUCAAUAUCAACAAAUGCAACGAAAUCCAUACCAGCCAUUGCCGGGGGGCCUACCUGUAGACGGUGGGCUAGCAGCAGCAGCAGCAGGUCCGGUCCAAGAUUUUAAAGACGAUCUCGCCAGGGAAGCCGGCGUGGUCACCCCAGGUGUCGACGACACGCCCUAUGUCCAGUACGCCAUCGAAGCUCUCACUCGUGGGAACAGAGAGUCAGGUUACUCGGGUGAUGGAUCGUCAGGUAGUGAAUGGGGACCUGGAGGAGGAGGAGGAGGAGGGCGAUAUGAUGUUGUUCCUGGUCCCGAGUUAGGUGCUCUUCCUGCUGGUUAUGUACCCGAACAGCACCAACAGCAGGAACAGCAACCUGGACCUACUGGACCUUCAUCAACAUUAGAUCCCGGACUAAAACACCAAUUCGAAGAAGACAGGCGCCUCCUCCAAACGCCUUUCCGGCCCAACAACCCCGCCAUCUCAGCGGACUCGCUCGCAUCGACACUGUUAAAAAACGGCCCGCGACCAGCGCAACCGCACGAAUGGAGGCCGCUGGACAGAGACGCGCUCAUAGCCAAAAUAGGCGAGCCACGAGCCAACGGUCUCCCAACGCUCGACUUCCUCCCGAUGCCGCUAACAGCGCGCUCGCUGGUCGCCUUCAUGCUGAUGUGCCUCUUCAUGGCGGCCACGCUCAUCUUCUCCGCCGUGUGGUCGCAAAUGCAAAACGGACUAACGGGGUACGUGAGCAACUACGGCUCUUCGUACUUUCUGUUUCGGAUCCUCCCGCAGUUUUUGGGCGGGUUGUUGCUGUUAUGGGCGCAGUUCAUCAUCAUUACCGUUUUCCGGAUCCUGCCGUUUACGCACCUGGCUUCGCCGAAUAUCAGGGAGCGAGACGGUGCGCUGUUCGAGGAUAUGUACCCGCGCUCGUUCCUCUGGCCGCCGCAGCUUAUUGGGUCGUGGAAGGUCUGGGUUCCACUUUUGGUGACUUGGGUGUUUGGGAUGACUCUCCCGUUGCUUAGUUCCAUGUUCACGGUCGUCUGGGUCGAUGGUGUCUGGAUGUGGGCCACGGUCCAGGGCGUUGCGUGGACCGCUGCGGCGCUUUACAUCGUCAUGUUCAUCUCGACGGCCGUUCUGUGGAGUUACUUUGCGGCGCUGCGAUCAACGGGACUGGCGUGGGAUCCGCGAUCCCUGGCCGACAUAACCGCCAUCGUCUCCGAGACCAACACGGCGGACGAAUACCGAGGCACCCAGCUAGCGAGCAACCGCGAGCGCAUCCGCUUUGCGCUCCGCCACCAGGCCAACGUCCGACUGGGUUACUGGACGUGGAAGGACGGCCGGUCUGGCGUGUGGUACACGUUGGGAAGUCCCAUGGACCAAGGGCUCAUCGCCGUGCCGCUUCCCGACCAGCUGACCGGCAAAGGGAUGGCCAAGUUCCAAGAAAAGCAAGGUCUGAUGUCCGCCAUCAACAUCAACCCCGUCGCCGGCAGCAACAGCGGCAGCGGGACCGGCACGGGCACGGGCACGGGCACCGGAACCGGAGGGGACUACGACAUCGAAGCCGCCUCAGACGCCACCCUCUCCCCCCAAGGCCGCUACCGCUACCUGCCCUGGUGCCUGCGCACCUCUCCUCUCCUCCUACUCGUAACCGGCGCUUUCAUCCUCCUCCUCGCGCUCUUCAUCGUCUCCUUCCUACCCGCGACCCGCAUCACCAACGGUUUUCUCCCCGGCCUCCCCGCCGCGCCCGUGCAGGGUGCCUUCUCAGCCGCCAACUUCCUCUACUCCUUCAUCCCUUCCCUGCUCGGCCUCAUCUUGUACCUGCUCUUCCAAACCAUCGACAAGCACCUCCGCAUCCUCCAGCCGUGGGCCGCCAUGUCGUCUUCCAACCGUAAAGGCGGCGCCUCAGCCGACGCCUCCCUGCUGGCCGACUACGCGGCGUGCGGCCCCUUGACAGCCACGUUCCACGCGCUCAAGAACGGACACUGGCGCGUGGCUUUCACCUCGGCGUGCUCGACGCUGUUCAUCCUGCUCCCCGUCCUGGGUGGCGGCAUGUUCAUGGCACUUACGCAACCGGCUGGCUCGCUGGUAGACGACAACAACGUCCCAACCGACGAGGAAAAAGUCCUCAUGUUCCCCAACUUCCCGGCCUUCGCCAUCGUCCUGGCGCUGUGCGUGCUUUACUUUUUGGCUUUGCUGUCCUUGCUCCCCGCGAGGAAGCCGUUUCGGUUCCCGCAUGGGGUUACUUGUUUGGCUGAGAUCAUCUCCUAUCUGGCGAACGAGGAUUUGCUGGGCGAUCUAGCGUUCAAGCAUUGUCGGAGCAGGGAGGAGCUGAAGGAGAAGCUUGGGGUGGGCAGGGGCGUGCUGGAGACGAGACCGAGGUGGACGUUUGGAAUGGGGUACAGCAGUACCGGUGCGGCGGGGGAGGAGACGCUGGGCGUGAGGAGGGCGAGGAGGUUUACGGUUCGAAAGAGCCAGAUCAAGUUUGGAGGGUUGGAUCAACCCUUUUUAAGAUGAGCAUCUUGCGGCAGGUGUGGUUGUUAUGAUGUUUAAUGAUGGUAAUGAUGAGAAAUCUGUAUGAGGAUAUGGUCAUGAUGUUUGGUGGUUAUGUUUGUUUGG